AUGUACCUACUGGGUGCUUGCACUUGGGGUCAGGCUGCCUACGCAUUCGUCGACUAUGGCAACGUCUAUCCAAGGAGAUACUCGCUCAGCGGAGAUGUUCAAGUAGCUGACCUGAGUUACGACAAUACUACCGAAAUAACGCUGUCACCUGCGCAUUCCGUCCUCACGCUCGACUACGGUACUGAGGUUGCUGGCUUCCCGUUCUUUGUCGUUGCAGAAGGCGCAUCCCCAGCACAAAUUGAGGCUGCAUAUACAGAGGCCUUUGCAUACCUGGACGACGAAAAUGCUGAUGGACCAUGGACUUUUUCCAACGGCCUGGCGAACAGUUGGCGGGUUGAGACAUUCAACAUCACCAGUGGAGGUCACACUGAGAGCUUCUUUGUGCAAGGUGGGCAGCGAUGGCAGACCAUCCGUCUGCUUACGAACCAUUCUUUGACCAUCAAGAGCGUUGGCUUCCGGGCAACAAGCGAGCACCAAGAUGUGGAUCAGCUACCAGGUCAUCUAAAGACCAGUCACGACGUUUACAACAAAAUCUUUGAUCUUGGUGGACAAGUCGUCCAAGCGGCUUGUGUGGAUGCCGGCAAUGCGCCUUCGACCUGGGAGCUAACCGACGAGGGAGCAUACAUUCGCGGCCAGGCCAGCGCUCAAUCCUCUAUCGGGCGUGUAAUGGGCGCUGCCAACUACACACUGGAGUUUGAUACAAAGAUUGUAAGAGGCGGAACAGGGUGGCGUAUAGCUAGCGCGAUCCAACCACUCGGACCGUAUUUCGUCUUGACUUCCAACUAUCCAGAGCAAAAUACGUUUGUAAACACGAACAGAACGCUGGUUCCGCCUAAUACUCUGAUCUUCAAUGCUGGUUGGAACUUGCUCAAUCAGUCUACUCUAGAAACGCCUGCGAAUGAGUAUUACCCUCUGAAUAUUUCAGUGGAAGAGAACAAGUGGUACCACGUCGUUACGGCUAUCAAAGAGGAUGGAUACAGCAUCAGUCUCAACGGAGAGAACGUUGCUUUUGUCCCACUGCCGCCGCCACUAUCACCUCCUGUUUUCUUCAGCACGGCGUCUCGGUAUGAAGGCACAUGGGGUUUCGGAGGCUUCCAAGAUCAAAUCAGUAUCGUCUCAAACGUAUCAGUCGCCGCAUCCAACAAGACCAUUAUCUACACCAACGACAUGAAAUCUCCCAGCGUCCUAGCCGAGUACGCCGUAGCACCGCUCGCCCACUCCGUCUGUCUAGAUGGCGCAAAGCGCGACCGUCUAGUCUGGAUCGGAGACUUCUACCACACUGUCCGCGUACUGGCUCAAUCGAGCACCCGCUGGGACUACAUCCUCGGAUCCAUCGAUUACGCCUUUGGCUACCAGGCAAAAUCCGGGCCCUUCGCCGGCUUCGUGCCCAUAUCCGCACGCCUGGGCACGCGACCAGAAUACUCGGACGCAGACCCAGCAGGACCCGGUCUAGUCGACUACCAAGACCUCUUCCUCGCCUCAAUCGGCCAAUACUACCGCUACACUGGUGACGCAAAGGGCCUAGAGCCGUACUGGGAAAACAUCAAAGCACUCCUCCAAGCCCGUCUCACCUACAUAGAUCCAAGCACCGGUCUCGUAGCCGGAAGCCCCGAAGCACCCACCGCAGGCUCCUUCCUCGGCCCCGCAAACGGCACCGCAGUAACGGGCCUCAUGUCCUUCGCCCUCCAACAAAUCAUUCCCCUAGCCCUCGCCUUCCAAGACACAGCCACCGCCUCCCUGGCCAACACCACCGCCCACUCCCUCAACGCCGCUCUAAACACUCACCUCUGGAACCCCGCCCUAGGAACCUACUCCCUCGCCCUCUCCUCCCCGGGCAACUUCUCCCUAACAGGCCUCGCCUGGUCCAUCCUCAGCGGCGCAGCCAACACCUCCCAAAUCACUUCUUCCCUCGAGCAACUCGAACGCCUCCGCUUCGGCGCAGGCUACAAAACCACCUCUUCAGACGCCGAAACACCCGACUACCAACUCGCCCCCAACCCCUCCGGCUUCCUCCUCGAAGCUCUAUUCCAAGCCCAACAGGCACACGGCAUCGAUGCCGCAAAGACGGGUAUUACGCAUCUCCUAGAUGGCCUCUGGGGGAGCAUGGUAAACGAUGAGCGCUACGCCAGCGGUGCGAGUUGGGAAUACGUAAAACCCGAUGGACGGCCCGGAAUCACGGGAUUUACCAGUUUGGCGCAUCCCUGGGGGGCGGCGCCGACGUAUGUGUUGCCCGAGUAUCUACUGGGUGUUACGCCCGUCACGCCGGGGUAUAAGCGGGUGCUUGUGCAGCCGGCGGUGGCGUAUCUGGGGUUGCAGAGUGUGGAGGGGAGGGUGCCGACGCCGUUUGGGGCGUUGGUGGUGGGGUGGAGGGUUGAGGGGGAGAAGGCGAGGGUUGAGAUUGUGGUUCCUGAGGGAGUUGAAGGGGAGAUGAGGGUGCCGAGGGGGUGGAAGGUGGAUGGGAAGGAGGAGGAGGAGGGUGGUGUGGUUGAGUUGGGGACUGGGCGGACGGAGAUUGUCUUGUAUACUGUGUAG